GAAUAGUAUCACCGUCGCUCCCUUUCUUGCACCACGCGACUACGAGAAAGGUCUUCUUCUUCUUUCGGCACGUCCGAUAGCCCUAAAGCUGCUGCAAGCGCGGUUUGGUCUGGUGACGCAUAAAUGGCAGCAACUAAAGCUGCCAACGGUUCCAGCGUGGACGUGCAAGCUGCUGCAAGCGGGAAGGACGGGAAUGGCGUUUCCGUGGAGCACGGGGCCUUCCGGUGCAGACGCGGCUAUGACCUGUACACCACCACCUUCAAGCCGACUGUGCGGCGCUCGCCCGCCUGCCUGGUCUUCCACCACGGGCUGUCAGACCACCAUGCCCGGCACAGCGCAGUGCUGAGCCAUCUGGUCUCCCGCCUGGGCAUGCCCGUCUACGCCUACGACGCGCACGGGCACGGCCGCAGCGGGCCGCUGGGCGCGGCGGACGGCGGCUACUCGGACCGCGCGCUGAUCCGCUCCUUUGACCAUAUGGUGGGCGACCUGAUCGACUUCACACGCCAGGUGGUGGUGCCGGCGGAGCAGGAGGCGGCAACCGCGGCCUCCACCUCGGGGAGAGCCGGCCAAGAGUCAGGCGAGGGGCAGGCGGGGCCUCGCAAGCCGCAGAUCUUCCUGCUCGGCUACUCCUUGGGCGGCCUCACGACCUGCCUGGCGGUCGCCGCCACCAGCCGCCCCGGCGGCUCCGGUUCAGAUCUAUACUCGGGACUGAUGCUGACGUCAUGCCUCAGUGAUGCCUUGUACGGUGACCCAUGGUACCUGCGGGCGGUCAAGUUGGCGUUCGCGACGGCGCUGUCGUGGUUUGCGCCGGCGCUGCCGUUCUUCGGGCGUAAUCCGGUGGAGGCGGGCAUCCGGGACGCGGCGGCGGUGGAGGAGAUGGCCAAGGACAUGUUGUGGUACCGAGGGAAAUUCAAGGUUGCCACUGUCGCCUCGCUGCUGUGGGGCUGCCACCGGCUGGCCGGCCAGUGCAACCGCAUCACAGUGCCCGUGUACGCGCAGCACGGCACCAAGGACGUGGCAUGCACCGUCGGCAGCUUCCGGCAGCUGCUGUCGCGCCUGCGCAGCACGGACGUGACGGCGGUGGUGGAGGAGGGCGCUUUCCACGACCUGCACCACGACCCCAAGACGCCGGAGCUGCUGCAGCACAUGACCAACUGGUUGCAGGCGCGGACCCAGGGGUGAUGCUUGGCUGAUUGGUGGUGGCGGUGGCGAUAGUGGUUGUGGAGGUGAUCGUUGGGUGUAUGAUGGGAGCGCGGAUUGGGGGACGAAGAAUGGAUGGGGCGUCGUGGCGGUGUUGAUGGUUCGUGGUGUGAGCAUGUGCAGGACGCAUGAUGUGUGCCGCCGUGCCGGAUAGGUUGGCUGGCCCGUCCCGUACAAGAAGGGCCACGUGCCAGCCGACCAAGCCUGUGAAGCGAACGAAGUGAACACAAGUACUGGAAGACACAAGGAAUACCAUAUUCAUAAGUUUUGCGUUACGCCGCUUCCUGCGUGCCACGCGGGAUGCGCCCUGGCCAUGUGCUGCUGUAAGUUUCUG